AUGGCCCAAUCUCGUUGUUAUGACGCGAACGACACCCUCGAAUACAUCAUUGGCGACGAUGGCGAAGAGUAUGAAUACGAAGGAGAAGCGCCUGACCUAUCGAUGGGAUCACACCCCACCUAUCCUCCGAGGCUCAGCUCGAGGGGAAUAGACCCCGGCUCUUUCUCUGCAUCUCACCCAACACAGACUGGUCUGCCCGAGGAUACCCCACUGCAAGCUUCUUUCAACCAUAGCACCCCCGGCCCCCAUCACAUUCCUACUGGUGUGUCGCACAACAACUAUAUGGACGUUCGAAUUGAAGAGAGAUUCACCUAUCGCGAAUCUUAUCAUUCCACAGAAAUGUCAGUGGCUGAUGGAUUCUUCACCUCUGCUGUUCAAAGCCAGAGUGGGUCAGGUGGACCUUUGAUAACUACAAAGAAUCACGUUGAUUAUACGAAGCCAGAAUACGAUUGGGAAAGCCAACCAUUGCCUUCACCGGCAUCAACUACUGGAGGGUCUGCAGGGAAGUCGAGCAAGGCUCUCAAGAAGAAGAAGAGCUUGUUAAGCUUGUUCGGAAAGUAA